AUGGACUCCAAAAAAGCUGUAGAACAGCUCAAGGAUGAUCCUGUACCAGAUGAUGUGACGGUGUCGGUGACCAAAACCAGUUCUGGGAAACCGCCCGCUGAUGAGAACAAAAUCCACUUUACCACUGCUUUGGAGGUCACGUUUGGAGGGCUGGCAGUUAUACUAAUCAUCACUUCCUGCUGCAUCGCCUAUAACUCGGGGGCAAACCUUGCUGUAUUGUUAGGUUUCAAAAUGCUGCAGACGUCUACCACGGUUCCCGUGUCCGUCCUGCUGGUGUACCCUGCUGAGAACUUGAUAUUUCAGAGGGCCGUGGUGGCCCUGGCUGAGUUCUUGCAGAUGCACGGUGGCUGCAGUGUUGCUGUGGACAUGUGGCAGCAGGGGAAGAUAGCUGAGCUGGGACCAGUGCGCUGGCUGGCAGAGCGCACCAAAGCUGCAGGCCGAGUGCUAAUCAUCUGCCCGCAGCCCUCUGAGGCACCCAGCCCCUCUCACCCCGACAAUGACCUUCUAGCUCCUACCAUCCCAGCUGCAGCCCGUGACCUUUACCCCCUGAUUCUUAACACAGUUGCAAGCCACUCAAAGAACUCCAAGGAUCUGGCCAAGUUCUGGGUGGUGCAACUCGGCAAGCAGAAAGACCAGGAGUGUGGCAACCUGCCAGUGGAAAUGAGAGCCUGCAAGACAUUUUGUUUAAUGAAGGAUUUGAACAAAUUGUGCAGAAGCCUCCAUACUCAGGGAGAGGGUGACAACAACAUAACAGCAUUUCUGAUCCUUAGGCCAAGGAUGUUCUUCAGUGAAAACAGUACAAUCAAGUUAAGAGAAGCUGUAGAGAAAUUAGUUGGACAUAAGCGAGGUACAUUCAGAGAACUGGAACCGCUGAAGUCCGUGGUCACCACUAUUUAGCAGUGAUGUGUUUUUUCCGGAAGUCUGGGUAUUUAGGUCUGUGGCAAACGUUUCCGGGUUUUUCUUGUUUUCCUGGUCCGCAUCAGAUUUCACGUUCCUUUGUGUAAAAUUGAUCGGAAACCUCUCCGAUGAGACGCCAUAGUGGAUAUGAAGUCUCAUAUUUUCACAUCUUCAUCCCAAAGAUUCGAGACUGAAAGAUAAAUGUAACGUACAAUCCCAUUUAUCGGGAGCCACUGAUUGUACAGGCAGAAGCCAAUGAGGAAUGUUGUUACAGAUUUUACCGUGAAGUCCGUAGAAUUUUGAAAACAACCAUGUCAUAUUGAAACUACAAGUCAAAUCAGGGUUGGAAAUAUUCUACAGCA